UCGCUGGAUUCGAGUCCGCGCCUGCGUUUUGUUCGAUAAGAUUCUUUUCGUGGAAUCCAACGCCGCCGUUUCCAAAAAUUCCCAGCUCGUUAUCAGUCGCACGCCAGCAGCGUCAGUCAUAAUGUUCACCGCGUACGCAGCAGUUCUCGUCCCGAUCGCCGGGGUGCUUCUACUGACGAUCGGGAGGUCAUUCGCCGAUCCCGCUAGCUGCGAUCUACUUUUUUCGCCGGUUCGAUGCGGCGUUCCGAAGCUGCAAAUAUCCAGUGGGUUGCCGUCCCGGCUUGCGGAAGCCAUUCGUGGGGAGUUCCCGUGGCAAGCGGCCAUUUAUCAUGAGGAUGCAGGGAACUUCAGCUAUUGCUGUGGUGGAUCGUUGAUUUCCGAGAGGUUUGUGCUGACGGCCGCGCACUGUGUAAUGAAUCCAAACAAUGGAUUUAAGUUGACGAUCGGGAGAUUGAAGGUCAAACUGGGGGUGCACGAGCUGGGUGUGGCGAAUGAGUGCGUUCAGGAUGCUCAAGUGAGGAAGAUCCAUGUGUAUCCGGAGUAUCACAUGGAGGGCUUCAAGCACGACCUGGCGUUGUUGGAGUUGCAUAAACGUGUUGUGUUUACGAAUCGUGUCUUGCCUAUAUGCGUUGAUAUGAGUGAUCACGAGGAUCCUGGCUUCUACCGACAACAUGGAAAGGUUUCCGGAUGGGGGUAUACGGAAGUAGACGCGCUUUCGAACUGGCUAAGGAUGACGGAGCUCCCGUUCGUGAACUACACCAGUUGUCUUGGAAGUAAUCCGGAGGUGUUUGCAAACACGAUCUACGAAGGGAUGUUCUGCGCAGGGUAUGCUAAUGGAUCGAGUGUUUGCAACGGUGACUCAGGUGGCGGCUUGGUUACGUAUCAUCGUGAUCACUGGGUCUUGACGGGGAUCGUGUCCUUCACUGCGUUGAGAGAUGGACCCCGGACGUUGUGCGACAGUGAAGAAUACACCGGAUUUAUCAAAGUCCGCUACUAUCGGGAUUGGCUGAGGAACAUAACUGCACAGGUAUCACCAUACAAAGAGGAAGACUUCACGGAAGGACCAACAGUAGUGACAAGUGAUGAAUCGGAAGCGGACGAACAGCCAGAACCUUGCGGGGAACGGAAGAUCAACAAGCAAUGGUUGAUAGUCAACGGAGUACGCAGCUACGCAGGAGAGUGGCCGUGGCACGUAGCCGUGUAUGAGGUGAACGGACGCCAGAAGAGGUACAUCUGUGGCGGUACGUUGAUUAGCGAUCAGUUCGUCAUGACAGCGGCGCAUUGCAUGUUGGAUGAUACACUGAAGCAGAGAAGUGGGACGAUCGUUGUGCAACUCGGGCAGAACGAUCUGUACGAGAGUUCAGUGCAUAUGCGUGAGGUUCGUGUGGGGAAGAUCACUCCACAUGAGGCGUUUGAUCCGGUCAGUAAGGUGAAUGAUAUAGCUCUGCUGGAGUUGGCAUCGUCGGUACAGUUCAACGACUACAUUCAACCGGCAUGUUUGCCGAGAAAGGAUGAUGUGGAUAAGUGGGACCUCAAGGGGACGUCCGGAUCGAUCGUCGGCUGGGGAUACGAGCAGCCUUGGUCGUUUAUGAUAUCCAACUUGCUGUUGGGAACGAAGCUGCCUAUUGUUGACGUUAAGAAUUGUGCCACGGGAAAGAACUUUGGGGUGGAGACGAAAGGCGUGAUCUGUAUGGGAUCUGCUAAUGAUACAAACGCCUGCACUGGAGACUCUGGUGGUGGAAUGUUCUUUGAACGAAACGGUCUGUGGACCGUGAGAGGUAUCAUCUCCGCUUUGGAUACAGUGGACGGGUUCUGCAACCCGAAAGGGUAUCUUAAGGUAGCGGACACGGGAUAUUUCCUGAAGUGGAUAAAAAAAGUGAUACGACGCGCUAUAAACAAGCUUACCGGUAGCAGUGACCGUGUGAUGUCUUUCCUUCAGACUGGUUCAGAUUAUGCUACGUCACCAGCCCCUCCCCCAGGAGCGUCCCACUCCAGCUACACCGAAAUCCAUCACCACCACCAUCACUACUACCCUCAACAGCCAACGACGGCCGGCGUUCCGACAGAUCACCAUCAUCGCCAUGAUUGCAAACAUCGAAACGGCGACUCCUCCUCCUCCUCCGAAGAAAGUGGUGGCCUCAAGGCACCCAUCAAAAGGAUAUUCAAGGCAAAGAAGUGUCUUAUCAAGGAUUUAAAAGACACUCUGCUGUCCAAAUUGUUCUAGUAGUUGUAGUGUGGGUUUGGGGCGGGCGUAUAAGUGCUCUUCUCUCCGAGAUUGACUACAAUGUUAGUGGGUACAUAGUUAGUUAUUAGAAAAGCAGCUUGAUAGGAUGUGAAUACAUGACCCAAUUUCGUAAUUACUAACUCUUGGCUUGUGCUUAUGUAGCUAUUGUAUGGCGCAUACACGCGCGGACUUCACAAUAGCCCAACGAACGACACUUGACAAGUUGACAUGGGGAAAUGGUGUCAUAAUGUUUCCAAUGAAUGUUAGCAAGAGGAUGGCGAGAAAGUGGUGACCAUCCGCCAACAUUGUGUAAUGUAGCGUUAUCCUUCGGGUUUCGCAAGUUGUGUGGACUAGAUGAGGUAGCAGCAUA